CGCUGCCAAGAUGUUAACCUUUGGAAGUGCUGGAAAGUCCUUCAGGUUGCUCUGGCACUUUUCCACCUGGUCUUGAACCUUAUCUGGACAGUUCACCUCAAGUACCAGGGCUCAGUUGUAGCCACAGGUAGCCUAUCUUGGUUCUAUGGGCUACUUGACAAAGCUCGACUAGGCAACCCACAUCCAGACUACCAUACCUUGCUCAUGGCACUCCUGCAGACUCUAGAUGCUCUCCUCCUUGAUGCCUGGCACAAGAUCCUCAACAAGCAUGGGUUUUCUAGCUUCACAGCAUUUGCUAAGUUGAACCUGUCCCCAAAAACUAUUCAUGCAUUUGUUGCUGAACUUCACAGCACGUUUGCAAGU